AUGGCUAACAACGAUAACAUGAAGGCUUCGGGCCUCUUUGACGUCUCCCAUGUCACGGCUCUGGUCACAGGUGGCGGCACAGGCAUUGGUCUAAUGAUCUCUCAAGCGCUUGUGGCCAAUGGGGCAAAGGUGUACAUUACUGGACGGCGAGAGGAGACCCUAGCCGAAACGGUGAAGCAAUACAACACUGGCCCAGGUAGCCUUCACAGUAUCGUUGGUGACGUGAGCAAGAAGGAGGGAUGCAUCAGGUUGGCCAAAGAGAUGGAGCAAAAGGAACCUCAAGGAAUCCAGCUUCUGGUUAACAAUGCCGGCAUUGCUCGCGAUGUGAACACCAUGUUUUCAAAGAACGGAACGCCAGACAUGUCCUCACCCGAAGCGAUCUCCGAGCACUUUCUGCGCUCUGAGGACCAGCAGUGGGCAGACACCUUUCAAACGAACGUAGCUGGUCAAUACUUCAUGAGUAUGGCUUUUGUGCCGCUGCUCGCAAAGGGAGGCAAAGUGACGCCCGGCUACUCCUCGUCGGUGGUGAACGUGAGCUCCAUAUCUGGUGCGAUGAAGGGUUCAUCGAACGGACAACCUUCAUAUGCCUCCUCCAAAGCUGCUUUCACUCAUCUCAGUCGUAUGCUUGCCACGACGUUUAAGGAUGUCAAAGUCCGCGUCAACGUCAUUGCGCCUGGAGUAUUCCCUAGUGAGAUGACUGCGGGGUCGAGUGACGACAAGAACAAAUCUGAACUGGACAUGCGAUCGUAUAACCCAGCUGGGAGAAAGGGCGAAGAUAGCGACAUGGGCGCGACUAUACUGUUUCUCGCUGGGAAGGGUGGCGUAUUUUACAACGAGCAGAUAUUGUAUCCCGAUGGCGGUAAUACUCUUACAGUGCCUGCGGUGAACUAG